GAUCUGGCCGCGGUUGACUCGGCUUCUGGUGGGUACCAGGCGGGAGGUCGGGGGUUUGCUUGGAACCCCCGACUUUAGGGCACGUCAGAAACAAUGCCAGGGCCUUCCACGGUGUUCUGGAUGACAUAGUAGCACAGCUUCAAAGACCUUCAGCAUCUCGGUCCCCACUGCUGUCCCACUCACCAUCAAGAUGGAAGCAUUCUGGCUGAAGAUGCCUCUCUUUGGAAGUACGUUUAGUCCAAAGAAGACGCCCCCUCGGAAGUCGGCCUCUCUCUCCAACCUGCAUAAUUUGGACCGGUCCACGCGGGAGGUGGAACUGGGCCUUGACUACGGAACCCCCACCAUGAACCUGGCCGGGCAGAGCCUGAAGUUUGAAAAUGGCCAGUGGAUAGCAGAGACGGGGAUUAGUGGAGGUGUGGACCGGAGGGAGGCCCAGCGCCUGCGGAGACGGAACCAGCAGCUGGAAGAAGAGAACAACCUCUUGCGGCUGAAGGUGGACAUCCUGCUGGACAUGCUCUCGGAGACCACUGCUGAAUCCCACUUAAUGGAGAAAGAGCUGGAUGAACUGAAGAGCGUCAGCAGGCGGAGAAAAUGAAGACCCCCAAAGACAUCUGUUCAGAGAACAGGGGAAACCCAUUCAUCAGAAGAGGGGAAUGUGGUUGAGGGUAUUUUUAGCCAAACGGAGGGAUCAGGUCCCGGUAGAGAGCAUCAUAUAAUGGGGCCAGAAGGCACCGCCCCCCUUGGGUUGGGGGUAGGCAGGUGACUGCAGUGGAUUCCAGGCCAGUCCUGUGCUUUACGGCAGGGGAGACGUCCCCGGGGAGGUCUGGUUGUGACGGAAGCCUUUGGGUUUUCUCCAGUCACUUAACACCCAAAUGCCCAUGGCCCAGGCUCAUCCUCCUGGGACGGAGAUCAUCCCAUCAUCCCCUCACGUCAGUGUUUGAGGUAUGGCGCCCUCUUGUUGGGGGGGUCUCAGAUGAGGGGCGGUCCUGUUUCUCUUCCCUCCAGCCCAUCCUCUUGCUCCUUCAAAGAACACUAAUUUCCCCCAGAUCCACAACCUCCUCUGGCUUCAGCAUCUCGGCAGCCAGCGCCAGCCUUUUAUGGCAACACUAUAUUUUUGUGCUACUUUCCU